UUAACAUGUGGCGGAAACGCGCAGAUGCGACGCACAGAGAAUGAUUUACAUUUUGUAAGUUGAAUUGAUACAGCAGCACGGACGUCCUCUUCUGUGCAUCUUCUGAAAACUGACAUACAUUUUUUUCGAGAAACUUUUCCAUUUUUUGUAUUAAUUUUCACCUUAAGGAAAGGUAAUCAUCGUCUUUUCCAUAAACAAGUCGAAUACAUUUGUGGCUGUGCUUAAUAGAGAUUCAUCAUGAACCAAAGAUUGGACCCAAACAUUACACUGGGGGAAAGUCAAUAUUGGUAUUUUCCCAAUAGCUCUCAGGAAUAUGGCUCCCCUCAGGAGAACAUCACAUAUGUGGUAUAUUACCUCCAUGAGCCGCCUGCGGUGGCUGUCUUCAUCAUCUCCUACCUGCUUAUCUUCCUGGUCUGCAUGGUUGGCAACGGGAUGGUAUGCUACAUUGUCUUAAGAAGCAGAAACAUGCGCACGGUCACCAAUGUUUUCAUCCUGAAUCUGGCCAUCAGCGAUCUCCUUGUGGGAAUCUUUUGCAUGCCAACAACACUUGUGGAUAAUAUCAUCACCGGCUGGCCAUUUGGAAGUCUGGUGUGCAAAAUGAGUGGGAUGGUCCAAGGAAUAUCGGUGUCGGCUUCAGUGUUUACACUGGUCGCCAUUGCGGUUGACAGGUUUCGAUGCAUUGUUUACCCUUUCAAGCAAAAACUGACAAUAUCAACAUCAACACUAAUAAUUGUGGUUAUAUGGCUUCUAGCACUUUCCAUUAUGUGCCCAUCUGGUGUCAUGCUGCAAGUUACCAAGGAACAGAAUGUGCGUGUUCUUCUAGGGAAUGGCAACGAGACAAGCCCUUUCUACUGGUGCAGGGAAAACUGGCCCAACCAAGGAAGAAAGAUUUACACCACUGUCCUCUUUACCAGCAUUUACCUGGCACCGCUGAUUCUGAUCGUGAUUAUGUAUGCUUGGAUUGGUGUUACCUUGUUUAAAACGGGCAUGCCUGCAGAAGGAAGUUGUGGUCAUGAAAACCGACUGAUAGUCUCAAAGAAGAAGAAAAGGGUCAUCAAGAUGUUGCUCACUGUAGCCCUGCUUUUCAUCUUGUCCUGGCUGCCCCUCUGGACUCUAAUGAUGCUGAGUGAUUAUGCCAGCCUGACCGAGUACCAGUACAGAAUGAUAAACAUCUACAUCUAUCCAUUUGCACACUGGCUUGCUUUCUUCAACAGCAGCAUCAAUCCCAUCAUCUACGGCUUCUUCAAUGAGAAUUUCCGAAGGGGAUUCCAGGCAGCGUUCAAGUUACAGCUGUGCUCGGCUGGUGGGGGCCGCAAACAGACCUACUCACACAGGGUUCACACAAAUUCUAUUCUUCCCACCAACCUGCAUGUGUCCAAAGGGCUCGCUCCUCUCAGCGUGAACUGUGAAGAGAACAACCGCUCCACCGUAAGCUCCAACCUGAAUGACCAAGACCUAGUAAUGGAGGACCUUGAAAAGAUGUAUGCCCCCAGGCAGCCUGACAGUCAUACCCAACAGUGAUGAGGUCCAUCCAAUGGAUUAUUUCAGGUCCCGUGGAGUCCCCCAUCCUGUCCCUGGUCUCGUCGCUUUGCCUGGAGUGCACACCUUUUGGGGAGGGGGGGGUUCUGUCAUACUCCUUCCGUGUGCCACGCCCCCUUGUUAACAUCGUGUGGAAUCCCUGUGUCAUCAGCUUUUUGAGUUGGUUUUCAUUAGUCUUGUGUAUUUAAGUCUGUGUCUAAGUUUGUUUCCCUAGUCCUUUCAUUGUAUUGUGAUUCUGUCCCACAUGCCUCUCCAUCUCCCUCUUAAAUCCCUUUUUACCUUACCUUUCGUCUCCUUCGCCUGCUUCCCUGGUCUGAGCUCGCCGUGUCAUAACACAAACAUUAUCAUCGUCUAAUCAUAUAAUGUUUGUUAUUAAUGUAUAAUAAAGUUGUCUGUUUUGAAGUACACUGAAUAUUCUACUAAUGCAUUACAGAGACAUUAUGAAGGUACAGUUAAUGUAAAGCAUUACCAAUGGUAAUAAAUAUUUUAAUAUGUUGUGCUUUUUUCACUGUUAUAUUUGAAAUUGUUUAACAGUAACAAAAAUGUCCUUAUGUCGUUGUUAUCUGCGUGGGUUCAGGAUCCGGGUUCAAGUCUCCGCCUGGGUUACAUGUCUGUGGAGUUUGCAUGUUCUCCUUAUGUUGUCGUGGGGUUUCCUCCGGGUACUCCAGUUUCCCCCCACAGUCCAAAGACAUGCUGAGGCUAAUUGGAGUUCCUAAAUUGCCUGUAGGAGUGCAUGUGUGAGUGAAUGGUGUGUGAGUGUGCCCUGCGAUGGGCUGGGCCUCCAUCCAGGGUUGUUCCCUGCCUCUUGCCCAUAGCUUCCGGGAUAGGCUCCGGACUCCCCAUGACCCAGAAGGAUAAGUGGUUUGGAAAAUGGAUGGAUGGAUGGAUGGAUGGAUGGAUGGGUUAUUGUCUGCUUAUAAAGUAUUUGUUUAUCUGUAUAUGUUCAUGAAACUGACCUAGAUUGCCUGGAAAAGUUUAAAGGGAUCAUUUUAUUUCUGAUUAUACAAAAAUUGUUCUCUGUAGCUUAUGGAUUUGAGACACUAAUUAUAGUGGUCUAAAUACUGCCUGGAUUAAUUAUGCCUGAGAAAGUCUAUUGUGUGUGCAAAUGUACAGUAUGUGUAUUUAGGUGCUGUUAUUGACCAAAUGGAUAGCUAUAAAUAUUUUGGUAUUGCUCCUGAUAAUAAUCUGUGUUUUGAAUCCCAUGUUCAUGCUACCUCUAAAAAGAUCCCGCAAAGACUUUAGUUUUUUAGAAUGAUGAAUUCCUUGAACAUUUUGACUGAGAUGAUGAUUUUCUUUUAUCGAAUCUGUUUUUGUAUUAUUGCGUGGUCUGGAAACCUAAACUUGUCCAACAAGAGCAGGCUUGGAAGUCUUGUGGCCAACAAGAUAUCUGGGAGGAGUCAUGCCAAAUUGUUGGACAUAUUGUUGGGCAGGUCCUCAAAAUGGAGAGCUCAAGCUAUACUGUACUGUUAGGACCAAGUGGGAAUUUGUGUUAUUGCCCUUAGAUUGGCAUUUCACCAUCUCUGUCUGUAGGACUAAGAGUCUCCUUCAUCCUCAGUGCUAUUCCUAUGCUUAAUAGCAGAUAGCACUGCCUAGUAUUGGAUAUGAGCACGCUAGCAUAUUUUCACAUUGAAUAAUGCACUUACAAUUGAAAUAUUGUGCUUAAAAUUUAAUAUGUAAAAAUUUUUUUCUGCAAAACUGUACAUCUGCAAUUGUGUGUUUGUCUUCUGGUACUUCUUAUGUAUCUCUUGUAUUGUGUUGUGCUGAUGUUGAAGUCCAUGUUGUCCUUUCGUGCUCUGUUGGAUGUGAACACAGGCAGCAAAAUGCGUUCCCUUGCAG